AUGGACUUCCUAAUAAUCUCGGAGGAGAGACAGCAAGACAGUGUCAUCAGCAAACUUGACGAGAUAACUAUAUUCUUGUUUGCUGCGACAGUCGUCCGUAUAGAUGAUGUAAAGAACUGGAGAAAGGACACAACCCUGGGGAGAUCCGAUACUUGUGACAAUAACGUCCGAAUUGCCUUUGCGAUUCCAUAUGUGAUGCUCGAACUCUCUCGUCUUGGAAUAAAUGUUGCAGCUCUAAGUGAAACAUGGCUUACUGGAAGUGGAUCUGUUUGCGAGGCAAAUUAUACCUCCUUCUGGUGCGGUCAUCCUGACACCGUAAGACCUAAGCAUGGAGUUGGUUUUGCUGUUCAUAAUAGGUUACUUUCAUGUAUUCAGCAACCUAUUUCAAUUUCACCCCGUCUCAUGACACUCCGAAUGUGCCUAAAAUAUGGCUACAUUACUAUAAUAUCCGCCUAUGCACCUACACUAAUGGACAGUACUGUGUCCAAAGAGGAGUUCAAUGAAAUCAUUAGUGAGACCAUACUCAAUAUCCCAGCUGGAGAUAACUUAGCACUUAUUGGCGAUUUCAAUGCUCGCAUCGGCUCUGAUUUCAACUCAUGGAGAAACGUGAUCGGACCACACGGCAUUGGAAGAAUGAAUGAAAAUGGGCAACGUCUCCGUGAGCUUUGCGCAGACCACAGUCUCUGUGUUGCCAGCACAUACUUCAAGGGUCGUAUAUGCUCUAAAACCACCUGGAUGCAUCCUCGUUCCCACCGUUGCCAAGACCCACACCUGCAAUCAAUAUCUCUUUUACAAAAAAACGAUGCGAAUGUUGCCAAGUUGCAAGAACUUCUUGCCGGACAUUUUGCAACAACCAGGCCCAGUAACCCAGAAGCUGCUUGGUCUCGACUUCGUUCUGCAGUUACAGAAUGUGCUCUCAGUGUAUUUGGACGUAGCACACGUAAACAGCCUGCUUGGUUUACCGCAAAUGCUGUCCUAUUACUUCCAACUCUUCAGGCAAAACGCAUAGCAAGAGAUAAGGCUCGAAUACAAAACACCCGUUCUGCAAAAGCUGUUUAUAGGGCAGCAAAAAACACCCUCCAGCGAUUAACAAGAAAUGCCUUGCAUUUUUAUUGGAAGGAUCUCAGUGAUCGUAUCCAGAUGUGUUCAGACACCGGUGACCUGCAUGGCCUCUAUAAUGGUAUUAAAGAAGCUAUAGGGCCAGUUCCAAAGAAGAGUGCGCCUUUGUUAUCUAGGGCUGGAGAAGUCCUCACUGAAUCUGUAGACCAGCUUAAACGUUGGAUGGAGCAUUUCAGCUCUAUUUAUGCAACCGAUUUGGAGAUCAACUCAGCAGCACUUUCGACAAUUCAACAGGUCGCAACCAUUCAUGAUCUUGACAGAACCAUCACUAAAGGGGAGGUGCAACAAGCCAUACAUGGGAAAAAGAACAAUUAG